AUGGGUUCAGCUGUUUCAAUGGCUCGUGUGCCUGCCAUGAGUGAGGAUGUUCAUGAUCUCAAUCCCAUCCCUCCCCAAAAGAUGAAAACAAACACCAAUUCUCGCAAUCCACAAGAUUUCUCGUCGUCGUCGUCCAUUAGACAGAUCAAAGACCAUUCAUUCCAUCCUUUCCAUGUGCAACAACCAAUAGCUCCAAAACCUUGUGGUUACUAUCAACACCACCAUCCCUCCCAUCACGAUCACGAUGAAACAGGUUCUCCCCAACUCUUUGCUCCAUCCAACAACUUUCCACAUUCGCGAUUACAUGCAACCAGUGAUACCAAGAAAUCUCCGUCCCAUUCUUCGGUGAGAAUUCACUCUCGAGUCGAUGUUUCAACCAAGACGAAACACACCUGUAACGAUCACCUAUCCCCCACUCAAGAGGUCCAUAGGUCGAAAAGUUUUUCUUCUUCUCCCAUUUGUAAAUUUCAAUUCACAAGAAAGAUCCAUUCCUUUCCUUCUUCUCCAACAACACAAAGGAACAAAUCUCCUUUGGAAACCACUCGACAAUUGGUCUCUCAAAUCGAAGAGGAUGAAGACAUGACUGUUGUGGAAGAUGACACGCCGUGGAUGCUUGCAUGUCGACUUGACUUUUUUGGUCGAGACAAUUCCGUAGACCUCUCAACAAAAUUCAAGUUAAAGUAG